AUGACGUCACCUGGGUACCCCAGUGUCUACUCCAGAGGCUCGACGUGCUGGUACCACGUGACGCCGCCCUCUACCGGACAGAAGAUUCAGCUUAAGUACGACCAUAUGGCGAUCUCCUACUAUGAUCGUUUGGAGGUGAAGAAUUCCUCGCAAGACGUGGUGUCGCGACAGAGCGGAACUCGAGGCUACAGCGUUGUCCCUGCGUCGACCAGUUACGAGGCCAGCCUGACCAGGGGUAGCAAAUAUGUACACUAUGGGUUCAAGGCGUCAUGGGUCGAGUGUGGUGGGGACUGGACGAGCGACUCUGGAAGUUUUAGCUCACCUUACUACCCCGCCGACUAUCACAAAAGGGCUCAUUGCAUCUACACGAUCAACCCAAGCAGCGGCAGCGCCAUCCUCCUGACUAUCAACACCCUCAACUUAGCUGACAACGACGUCCUACAGGUAAAUGUAGACACCCUCAACUUAGCUGACAACGACGUCCUACAGGUAAAUGUAGACACCCUCAACUUAGCUGACAACGACGUCCUACAGGUAAAUGUCGACACCCUCAACUUAGCUGACAACGACGUCCUACAGGUAAAUGUAGACACCCUCAACUUAGCUGACAACGACGUCCUACAGGUAAAUGUCGACACCCUCAACUUAGCUGACAACGACGUCCUACAGGUAAAUGUCGACAUCCUCAACUUAGCUGACAACGACGUCCUACAGGUAAAUGUCGACACCCUCAACUUAGCUGACAACGACGUCCUGCAGGUAAAUGUCAACACCCUCAACUUAGCUGACAACGACGUCCUACAGGUAAAUGUAGACACCCUCAACUUAGCUGACAACGACGUCCUACAGGUAAAUGUCGACACCUUCAACUUAGCUGACAACGACAUCCUACAGGUAAAUGUCAACACCCUCAACUUAGCUGACAACGACGUCCUACAGGUAAAUGUCGACACCCUCAACUUAGCUGACAACGACGUCCUACAGGUAAAUGUCGACACCCUCAACUUGGCUGACAACGACGUCCUACAGGUAAAUGUAGACACCCUCAACUUAGCUGACAACGACGUCCUGCAGGUAAAUGUCAACACCCUCAACUUAGCUGACAACGACGUCCUACAGGUAAAUGUAGACACCCUCAACUUAGCUGACAACGACGUCCUACAGGUAAAUGUCGACACCUUCAACUUAGCUGACAACGACAUCCUACAGGUAAAUGUCGACACCCUCAACUUAGCUGACAACGACGUCCUACAGGUAAAUGUCGACACCCUCAACUUAGCUGACAACGACGUCCUACAGGUAAAUGUCGACACCCUCAACUUAGCUGACAACGACGUCCUACAGGUAAAUGUAGACACCCUCAACUUAGCUGACAACGACGUCCUACAGGUAAAUGUAGACACCCUCAACUUAGCUGACAACGACGUCCUACAGGUAAAUGUAGACACCCUCAACUUAGCUGACAACGACGUCCUACAGGUAAAUGUCGACACCCUGAACUUAGCUGACAACGACGUCCUACAGGUAAAUGUAGACACCCUCAACUUAGCUGACAACGACGUCCUGCAGGUAAAUGUCAACACCCUCAACUUAGCUGACAACGACGUCCUACAGGUAAAUGUAGACACCCUCAACUUAGCUGACAACGACGUCCUACAGGUAAAUGUAGACACCUUCAACUUAGCUGACAACGACAUCCUACAGGUAAAUGUCGACACCCUCAACUUAGCUGACAACGACGUCCUACAGGUAAAUGUCGACACCCUCAACUUAGCUGACAACGACGUCCUACAGGUAAAUGUCGACACCCUCAACUUAGCUGACAACGACGUCCUACAGGUAAAUGUCGACACCCUCAACUUGGCUGACAACGACGUCCUACAGGUAAAUGUCGACACCCUCAACUUAGCUGACAACGACGUCCUACAGGUAAAUGUAGACACCCUCAACUUAGCUGACAACGACGUCCUACAGGUAAAUGUAGACACCCUCAACUUAGCUGACAACGACGUCCUACAGGUAAAUGUCGACACCCUCAACUUAGCUGACAACGACGUCCUACAGGUAAAUGUAGACACCCUCAACUUAGCUGACAACGACGUCCUACAGGUGACAGAUGGUGCGGGAAACUCUCUGGCCAACCUGACAGCAAGUGCAGCGUUCUAUCACUUCGGGCCCUCCUCCGCCUUCACGGCAGAAUUCCAGGCGGAUAAUGGCGCCACCAGCACCGGGUUCCAUGCAACAUGGCAAUCCACGGCCCCUGUUGUCAACAACUAUGACCUUGCUCUCCACACUACUGGCUGCGCAGUGGCCAGGACAUUCUACGAAGUCUCCUCGGUUGGUCUGACGGGACACUCGGUUUCCAUUCGGAAGACGUCGGCAAGCGCCGAGUGUCUGUACGCCUGUCUCCUGUCAACUGACUGCUCUCACUAUUCCUCCACGGGGGAUAUCUGUACCCACCUCACACCAGGGAGCAACGGGCAACCUCUCCCGCCUACAGUUAUGAAAAAGGUGUGAAGUGCAUAUGCCUAUAAUUUAAUUUCGCACCACCCAUACUUUCCUGAAUGUGACCCGGUUGAAAAUGCGUCCGAGUAUCUAAUGAUGUCUACUCAUGAAUAAACAGGUUUGAAUUGGAACAAUGAUAUUUACUCUAAAUUGGUGGCAUUUUGAAGAAAGAAGUUAUAUUCGUCAAAAACAAAGUGGAAAUUACUAUUCACACCAGUCUGUAUCCCAGGUUCGAUUCCCUGCAGGGUACAAUGUGUGGAGCUCAUUUCUGGUGUCACCCGCCGUGAUAUUUCUGGAAUAUUGCUAAAAGCGUAACUCCAUACUCACUCAUUCACUCCCCUUCUCAACGGACUUUUAAACCAACAUCAGCAGAUGCAGGAAACGUCCACGUACAAUAAACGUAGCUAAAGUUCUCGUCAAUACCUGGUGUAAGCCACCCUGCACACGAACGUCUGACGCCAGAUGCCUACUCAUUCCAUGAAUCAGACGUUGCACUUGACGUUGCACUUGACGUUGCACUUGACGUUGAGGUAUCCUAGUCCAUUCCAUCUAUGGAAAGUAAAGUAGCUAGUUCACGUAGAUUGUUGACUGGUGGGUAUCUCUGUCGAGCCUUAAAUGUCCAACAUAUGCUCUACUGGAUUAAGAUCUCGACUUCUUACAGACGAAGGAAGUGUUCGAUGGCAUUCUGACGUAAGCAUUCCAGAACAGGACGCGAUCUGUGAGGUCUAGCAUUACCAUCCAUGAAAGUUUUGUGGCCACCGCAUGGUGGACAAAAGGGGGGUAAGUGGUAUCUCGGGGAUGUCAUGCUGAUAUGGAGGUCCGUUCAGAUUACCCAACACAGUGAUCAGGUCAGCUUACAAUUGAAUGAAACACACCUCCAUGCCAUUACCGACCCCCCACCGAACGGAAGGGUCUCGUGUGCAGUUAUGGCUGUAUUUGCCUGCCUCCAGACACCCGUACGGCUGUCUACCAUGUGUAACAGAAACCGACUUUCAUGAGAAAAAUGGGCUCUCCGCCAUGAUGCAACAUUCAGGUUUAGACGUUGAUUAGACAACACCGAACGAACAUUACAGUUGACAAGGCACGUUGGAUUGGUCUUCUGGCUUUGUAUCCAUAUGUUUUCUGACAAUUUCUGUUAGUGCUGAUUGAAUCGCUCUGUCUGGUAGCCAAUCUGCCUUUAAAAUCGAACUGUUGUCAAAUGGAAAUCGUCGAACGAGCCUUGAUAAUGAAGCAUCUUCUCUCCUAGAUGUCUUGGAUGUCUCAUUUUCAAAACUUAUCAUUCCGUGUCAUUUUGAUUCGGUACUUUAUUAAUUUCCGGGUGUACAUAUAUAUUAUAUCAGAAGCAGGGAUGUUAACAAAUGAUCCGUGAGAGUGAGUGAGUGAGUAUGUUUUACGCCGCUUUUAGCAAUAUUCCAGCAAUAUCACGGCGGGGGACACCAGAAAUGGGCUUCACACAUUGUACCCAUGUCGGGAAUCGAACUCGGGUCUUCGGCGUGACGAGCGAACGCUUUAACCACUAGGCUACCCGACCGCCCCUGAUCCGUGAGAAAGCAAAUAUCAUGUUUUAUUGUAUUGUUUUCGUGACAUCUCAACUAGCUGUGAGCAGAUAUUAACAAUUGACUUCCUGCUGAAAUCUAAAUGCCUACAUGGAUUUAUAACAUCUAUGAAUAUCCGACCAAAAUGUAUCUUAGAAAAUAUAGCUUAUAAAGAUAUAGCUCGUUUGUACAUGCAGUUCACGAAGUUGACCGUACUUUCUAACUUAGCUCCGCGAAACAACUUUUGGCUAAAGUGACCGUACUUUCAGACUUAGAUCCGAGAAGCAGCUUUAGGCUGAUGUGACUGUACUUUCAGACUUAGAUCCGAGAAGGAGCUUUUGGCUAAUGUGACCGUCCUUUCAGACUUAGAUCCGAGAAGCAGCUUUUGGCUAAAGUGACCGUACUUUCAGACUUAGAUCCGAGAAGCAGCUUUAGGCUGAUGUGACUGUACUUUCAGACUUAGAUCCGAGAAGCAGCUUUUGGCUAAAGUGACCGUACUUUCAGACUUAGAUCCGAGAAGCAGCUUUAGGCUGAUGUGACUGUACUUUCAGACUUAGAUCCGAGAAGGAGCUUUUGGCUAAUGUGACCGUACUUUCAGAAUUAGAUCCGAGAAGCAGCUUUUGGCUAAAGUGACCGUACUUUCAGACUUAGAUCCAAGAAGCAGCUUUAGGCUGAUGUGACUGUACUUUCAGACUUAGAUCCGAGAAGCAGCUUUUGGCUAAAGUGACCGUACUUUCAGACUUAGAUCCGAGAAGCAGCUUUAGGCUGAUGUGACUGUACUUUCAGACUUAGAUCCGAGAAGGAGCUUUUGGCUAAUGUGACCGUCCUUUCAGACUUAGAUCCGAGAAGCAGCUUUUGGCUAAAGUGACCGUACUUUCAGACUUAGAUCCAAGAAGCAGUUUUAAGCUGAUGUGACCGUACUUUCAGACUUAGAUCCGAGAAGCAGUUUUAAGCUAAUGAUACCGUAUUUUCAGACCUAGAUCCGAGAAGCAGCUUUUGGCUGAUGUGACCGUACUUUCAGACUUAGAUCCGAGAAGCAGUUUAAGCUAAUGUGACCGUACUUUCAGACUUUGCUCCGCGAAACAACUUUUGGCUGAUGUGACCGUACUUUCAGACUUAGAUCCGAGAAGCAGCUUUUGGCUGAUGUGACCGUACUUUCAGACUUAGAUCCGAGAAGCAGCUUUUGGCUGAUGUGACCGUACUUUCAGACUUAGAUCCGCUGAGCAGCUUUAGGCUGAUGUGACCGUCCUUUCAGACUUAGAUCCGCUUAGCAGCUUUAGGCUGAUGUGACCGUACUUUCAGACCUAGAUGUGUUGUAUGUAAUGACGUUUCGAUGUAGACUCAUACCGUUAUCAAGCUAGAGUGACUACAACCAACUGAGGAGAGGUAUAUAUGCAUAAUAUGUUGAGAUUAGCAGCAGAUUAACAUUAACGACUACAGGUAAUGAAUAACAAGUAACACAGAUAAUUGGAUGAAGCCAGGUGUACAAUACGAAUAACAAAUAGGACACGUACGGUUAAUAGUGCCAGAUGUACAGCAAGUAAAGGAUAAAUAUAAUUCAAAAGUUAUGACAAGCUUGUUUGAUACCAAAUAAAACAAAGCUCUGAUGCUCGAUAAGAUGAGCUGGAUUAGCUUCUUUAAUAAUUCUAAAUGUCAAAGAUGAACAAAGAGCAACCUAAUGUAAACAGCUGUAUCAUUUUAAAAACGUAUAAUUAAGAUAAAUAGGCGAGCUUUUAUAGAUUUGAGCGAUUUGUUUUGUACCUUGACCU